GUCUCCCCGCUGACGUCACCAUUCUCUGUUGAACUAAACUACCAGCGCGUCACAGACCGUGGACGGCCGACACUAAUAACGCGCUGUUUAAUCUUCUUUUCAAACCGUCUAUCAUUAUUUUCCAUAUCUGACCUUUUUAUCACAACCCGACCGAACACUAUGAUUUACGAACCUGCAUGACAAUCCAGCUGUUUUCCUCCAUACGCGUGACACUUCCUGAUUUUCGCUCGGACGCAAGUGUCUGUUUUAAAGGGUCAGCUGAGAUGUUUGAAUGAGAACCAAAAAAGCAACUCUUGAACGCUUUACUGGCGACAAUUACUGCGGAUAUUGCUGUCGAGGAACAACCCGUAUUUAAUAAAAACAGCGUGCCUGCAGGACAAGGACCCUGUGAAUAUUUUCUUUCCCUGCUGUCUUGUUUAUAAAGGCGCAUCAGCUGACAAGAGCGCAUGGCUUUCUUCGGACAUUUAACAGAUAUUUACAUUAUAAGCUGAAUAGGUGAUGUCAGAUUAAGGUACGCAAGUAUGAAUACUAGUGAAUGGUGACUCAUCCGGCUGGGCGUUUGACAUAUGAUUCCUGUUUGUCUUAUUCAUCUAAUGCCGCAGAUAUUUCACACUGAAUUUAAUGCAACUUCAUGAGGGUCCGCUGCUCUCGUUUCUACCUCUGAUAAAUGUGCAGCGUUUCCUGGACUCAAUUGUACUGAGAAAUCAUCGUGUUUUAAUUUGUGCGUCUGUUAUCGAGCUUCGGUUGAGCCGUCGGACGAUACAAACAUAAGAAACUGGUUGUUUUUUUAUGAUUUAAUACUUGAAGUAAAAGUGCUGGUGGUUGGACAAUGAAGAAGUUCUUCGACGCCCGACGGGAGAUGGUGAGCUCCGUGCCCUUGUCUGGUGCUGGAGGCGGCGCGGGCUCCGGCAACGGCGGCACUUUUAUCGGACGGGUUUUCUCCAUAGGACGGUAUCAAGUCACCGUGGAGGAGACGUUGGCAGAGGGUGGUUUUGCCAUUGUGUUUCUUGUGAGGACCCAUCAAGGCCUCCGCUGUGCACUGAAGAGAAUGUAUGUCAACAAUGAACACGACCUUCAAGUGUGCAAGAUGGAAAUUCAGAUUAUGAGAGACCUGGUCGGUAACAAAAACAUUGUCGGCUUCAUGGACUCCAGUAUAACGGCAGUAGGAUCAGGAGAUGUUUGGGAAGUACUCAUACUGAUGGACUUCUGUAGAGGUGGUCAGGUUGUGAAUCUGAUGAACCAGCGCUUGCAGACAGGAUUCACUGAGCCAGAGGUGCUGCAGAUCUUCUGUGACACAUGUGAAGCCGUUGCAAGACUGCAUCAGUGCAAACCUCCCAUCAUCCACCGGGACCUCAAAGUGGAGAACAUCUUGCUUCAUGACAGAGGUCAUUAUGUGCUAUGUGAUUUUGGCAGUGCCACAAACAGAAGCCAGAACCCUCUUACAGAAGGUGUGGCGGCUGUAGAAGAGGACAUUAAGAAGUACACUACUCUUUCAUACCGAGCCCCAGAAAUGGUGAAUCUAUAUGGGGGGAAGGUUAUCACAACUAAAGCAGAUAUAUGGGCAUUGGGCUGCUUGUUGUAUAAGUUAUGUUUUUUCACAUUGCCGUUUGGAGAGAGUCAGGUGGCCAUCUGUGACGGCAGCUUCACCAUCCCAGACAACUCCCGUUACUCACACGACAUGCACUGUCUCAUCCGUUAUAUGCUGGAGCCAGAAUCUGACUUAAGGCCAGAUAUCUACCAAGUGUCAUAUUUCGCCUUUAAACUUGCACAGAAAGAAUGCUCAAUACCGAACAUCAACAAUUCACCCAUUCCAGAAAAACUACCGGAGCCAAUAAGAGCCAGCGAAGCCGUGGCCAAGAAAAGUCACAACAAAGCCAGGCUUAUUGAUCCAGUCCCCACCACUGAGACUUCCAUAGCACCUCGACAACGACCCAAAGCUGGCCAGCCUCAACCAAUCACAGGCAUUCUAGCCAUUCAGCCGGCUCUCACUCCUCGCAAAAGAGCCAAUGCACCUGCAGGAGCCAACCAGCCAAUCGGUGUUAACAUAGCUGUACAGCCUGUUGUUCCCAGCCAAUCUCAGACCCCUCAGCUUCAACAGGUUUCUGUUGGGCAGCAACAGGCUCCUCCCACUCCAAUACAAGCCACUCCCUCUCCAACUCAGACCACACCUCAUCAAACACUAUUUGUGCAACAACCUACAGCCUUCUUCACUGCUCAACAACAGCAUCAUUCAACGCAGGCCUGCGGCCUAUCUACACAAAUGGUUACAGCUUCCCCCACCCCUAAGCAUAGGUCUGCCCCUCACACCAGCUUCCUGCCUGCUCACGCAAAUUUAUCAGCAACUACACAGACAAAAACCAAAGCUAGGGCUCCUGCCCCGCCUGCACAGUGUUUACUGACUAACAGUGUAGAUGGUGAUAAGACAGCAUCCAGUUCUGGGCCUGUCCAUCGUAAAACAAAAGCUAUGGCACCUCCACCACCUACAUGCACGCUUGCUUCCACCCUUGCUCCACCCAAAGCCACCUCACCGCCAUCACCCCCUCCAUCUGUUUAUUCUGAAGUGGAACCAGAUCGGAUGUCUACAGCUGGGAGUCGUGGGGAGCAUAGAGUUGGCUCUUUGACUCCUCCCUCUUCUCCUAAAACUGCUCCAAAGGGAGGUCACAGAAGAAUUCUGAGUGAUGUCACACACAGCACCAUAUUUGGAGUUCCUGUCAGCAAGUCCACUCAACUCCUGCAAGCUGCUGCAGCGGAGGCCGGUCUCAACAAAUCCAAGUCAGCUAGCACCACUCCUUCUGGUUCUCCAUGCUCAUCACAGCAGAGUGUUUAUAAAUCAGUGGACACCUCUGGACCCUCGACUGGAGCCCCAGCAUCCUGGAACCCAUUUGGCGAUGAUUUCUCAAAACUUUCAGCUGAAGAGCUCCUUAACAAGGACUUUGCCAAACUAGACGCUAAGACAGGAGAGAAGUCGGGUCCUGAUAAUCUGAUUUCUGGGUUGCAGUCUGUAUCUUCCAAUAAUGGCUUUCUCCAUGGAGGAGAGAAAUUGAUUGAGGGUUUGAAGUCUCCUGACCCCUCCUCCUCUCUGAUCCUCCCCGACCUUCCUUUGAAUGACCCCUUCAGUCCUGCAGACUGUGGAAAUGCUGUUGUGGAUUCUUUGAUUCCUGGUCUGGAUCCUCUACAGACUGAUCCUGGGUCAGCCACAAUACCAGAAUCUUUAAUAUCAGGAGAUUCUCUUUUGGAUGGCCUUCUCUCCCACCCCGCCACUGGGGCUCAAAUACUGGCUUCAUCCCCCUUGUCUCUUCCCACCCAGUCUAUGGACCAGUUAACCCCUGUUGCUCUGAGCAGCGGACAGUCCCAUCAGGCAGUCUCAGAUCCCGCUCUCCCUCUCUCCGGCUUCCAGUCUUCUGAGACUGGGGACCAAAGCACCCAUAACCAGUUUGACCCAAUUCCAGUGCUAAUCUCCAAAACCUCCAGCCAAGGAGCCAAAAGGAAAAGUAAUGGGUUUGAAGCGCUUUUAGAGAGUGGUGAGGUUGAGAACAUCAUUGAGGACUGUCUUCAUUCCAGUGAUGAAGAAGAUGAUGAAGGUGUCGGAAAACAAAGUGAACAGUCGCAGGUGAGCGGUGAAGAAACGCCUAGUCUGGAUUGCAGUGGCUCCAGACCCUUACUUCAAGACUCUGAAGAGGAAGACGACCAAAGUCCUGUAUCCUUAAUAAACCUCCAGAUGUCACCUGAGCACUUGCCACCGUGUGGCUUACCAGAGCCGUCUCUGGAACAGAACACCGUAAACCACUCCCCCAAUCUCCCGUUAAACACGGAUCCGAGUGUGGACGUCUUCUCCAAAGCUCCGUUUCAGAUCGCUGAAGAAGCAGAUAGCGAUGGAGACGUUUUCACCAACGCGCCUUUUCCUCGUCACCCGGCUCAGCCUCAGCAACCUGAUGUUUUUUCGCAGGCUCCCUUUGGUAGGAAGAAGGAAUCUGCAGGAAACGUUUAUUCCAGUCCAGUGGCCCAUCCUAGAUUUGCACAUCCACAUCCAGUGAGCCUUGACCAGAGCAUCCUUGGCCAAAUGGCUCCUCUGCCCUUUAAACCUCAGGCACUUUCUAAAUAUUCAAGACACUAUGAAGGACCUUUGAAUGUGUUUGAUCUGGGGGCGUCGGAUGUAGAGAACAGGGGUACCGUUGACGGCGGCCACACGUCGACGUCUGAUUCGACGACUUCUGGUGAUCCGUUCGUCUCGGCGCCCUUUCACCUUAAGGGCCGUCAUGAUAAACACUAAGAGCGCACCGCACAAACUACACUUGCCUGCUGUAAGAUUCGAGCUGGAAACCUUUGUUAUAGAGCUACUCAUUUAUAAAGCAUUUGAUCACGAUUAAAGCACAUUUAUGGCCUCUGGCUGUUUAUCUCGGGGUACAGUAUAUGGUGUAUGUCUGACAUCUUAUCCUACCUCAGCUUAUGCUGUAAAGCUUAAAGGGAUAGUACACCCACGAAUGAAAAUGUUCUCGUAUUGAUUGUUAUUUCUUUAUCUUUUUGGGGAAUGGUUUUUUUUGGAUGGUGGAUGCAGGUUUCAGUCACUAACAAUUUUGUCUUUCAUGGAAAAUUAAAGAGACAGAUGGGUUUAAUACAACAUGAAGGUGAAAUGAUGGCAUCAUUUUUUUAAUUUUAAAUUCUGUUUUGUGGAUAAACCACAUCUUACACUUUGGUGUUUUGCAGGCAUUUUUUUGGAGCUUAAACUCUACCUGUCUAUUCAACACGGAAAUGUUUUCACCUUUGGGCUAUAAAAUGUUUUUUAAAUUAUACACAGUAUUUCUCUUUUUUUCUGGUUGUAUAGCUAUUUGACCAUGCUCCUUUUUUUUACAAAGUUCACGAGAAGACAUAAACAUCAUAAAUUUCAUGAAUUUAUUUCACUUGAAAGCCUUGAAUGUAUUUCAGUUUUGGCCUCCUGGAUUAUAUUUAAUUCUUUCAUCACGUUUAAUUGCAUUGUGUCUCUUAUGAAACUAAAUGUAUGUGAAAAAUAAUUAAAAACCCCUUUUCAUGUACUGUAUAUUGACACGUUGAAUUGAAUGCAACAAAUGUAAAAGAUUUACCCAGAUAUUUAUUUCACGAAUGAUUUUUCUAAUAACCUUUGAUCACCAACAGUAAGUAAGCAAGAAUGAGCUGUGCAGAUGGACAUUAUAUCAACACCUUGAUCUUAUCUUUUAACAGUGUUUCAAAAUUAGAUGUUUAGCAUACCAGUGUUAUACGCUAGGCAUUCAAUCCAGUGUGUUUUGGAUUUUAUUGCACAGACACAAAUAAAAGUAGAUAACAUGGGCAGCUAUUCAUAUUUGUUUCUGCAUAGAUUGUCAAGUUAUUGUACAUCUGGCUCUCUUCUCUCUUUUUCAAUCUCAUAGGCAACAUUCAGCCCCAAACACAUUUUAUUUUUAAAACAGACAUGCAUUUACAUUUUAAUAAGAGGUAUGAAGAAUAAGAAUCGUUGUAUGUGGUGAGGUUUUUGGGGUGCUGAUGCUGUAUUUG